AUGGCGCCCUCACAGCUAAAGCAGUUGAAAGCCUCUCUCCGCGAGAAGGGAGUUAUCGGACAGCAGCAGUCCAAAAAACAGCGGAAGCAAAAUGCAAAGUCUGGAGCUGCGGCCGCCAACCGCAUCCAUCGCAAUGCUGUUCUCCAGGAACUCCGAGAGCAAUUCAAUCCGUUCGAAGCAAGAGCACCAGCGCGGCCUGCGAAGUUUGCUGUAACAACCAACAAGGGCAAUACCGACCCGGUUCGACAUCGUCCCGGCGUCACGAGAGGCCUGGGCGAGCAGCGGAGAAAAGAAACUCUCCUGAAAGAAAUCCAUAGCCGCAAUAAAACUGGAAUGCUCCUCGAUCGACGUUUCGGCGAAAAUGAUCCGACAAUGACACCCGAAGAGAGAGCGGCGGAACGCUUUGCACGAGAAAGUCAAAGGCGACUCAAGAAAGAGUCCAUGUUCAACUUGGAAGAUGACGAAGAUGAAGAAAUGCUGCUCACUCACGGGGGCCAGGCGCUCUCUUUUGACAAGGAGCUCGGGGAUGAUUUCGACGAAGGCGACUUGAGAGAUUCGGAGGAUGACAGUGAAUCCGGUCGGAAUAAUAAGAGGAAACGCCUCGUUGAAGAAGAUGACAUGGAGGGUUUAGCUGGGCAAUCCGACGACGAAGAACAGCCCGAACGGAAAAAGUCAAAACAAGAGGUCAUGAAGGAGAUUAUUGCUAAAUCAAAGCAGUACAAAUAUGAGCGGCAAAAGGCUAAGGAAGAUGACGACGACUUGAGAGCCACUCUAGAUCAGGGGCUUCCGAGCAUUUUUGAAAUGAUGAGGGGUAUCAAGGCGCCAGAGCCACCACUGCAGGAGCAGCGUCCGGAUCCGAUGAUGAAUCCGGAUCGUGCUGCUCUUUUGAAUGGCAAAGAUAGGGAUGCUGCGGACAAGGAGUAUGAUCAGAGGCUGAAGCAGAUGGCCUUUGAUAAACGCUCCCAGCCUGCAGAUAGGACUAAAACGGAAGAGGAGAUAGCUGAAGAAGAGGCUACACGCUUACGCCAACUUGAGAAGGAGAGGCUGAGGCGAAUGCAUGGCGAAGAUGAUGAAGGAUCAGCAGAUGAAGGUGGUGCGGAUCUAGAUGACGAUGCGGAAGUCGAUGAUGCCAAGCCGUUCGGUCUACAUCAAUUAACUACACGGCCGGACCUAGAUGUGGAAGACGAAGAUGACUUUAUAAUCGAAGAUGAGUUGGUUGAAACUGGGUCCGCCCUAGACUUGUCGUUCGACGACAGCGACGGCAGUGAAAGUGCGGCGGAGGAAGACGAUGAUGAUGAUGACGAGUUCAUUAACGGGCUAACUCUACACCCAGGGGCAGAGAGUAUACCUGAUGAUAAGAAGACGCUAUCCACCCAAGACGACUCCCUAGCCUAUACUUAUCCGUGCCCUGAGAGCCAUGAAGAGUUUUUAAACAUAUUAAAGGACGUGAAGAUGGAAGAUUUGCCAACAGUGGUUCAACGAAUCCGCGCUUUACAUCACUCCAGGCUUCAUAGCGACAACAAGGCGAAACUGGGAAAGUUCUCUAGAGUCCUCGUGGAACAUGUCUCGUACCUUGCAAAUUUACGAGAACACCCGCCCUUCGCCAUCCUUGAGAACCUACUACGUCACAUCCAUUCCCUCGCCAAGACGCAUCCGGAGGAUGUAGCUGUUGCUUUUAGGGCUCAGCUUCGUGCAGUGGCCAACGAUCGACCCUUUAACCUUCUUCCGAGUGACCUGGUCAUUUUGACUGGCAUCUCAACUAUCUUUCCAACAUCCGAUCACUUCCACCCCGUGGUGACACCGGCGAUGCUUUCAAUGGGACGUUACCUUGGACAAGGUAAUAUUGAAUCUUUGGGGGACCUCGUCAUCGGUGCUUACGUGACAACUUUAUGCCUCCAAUAUCAAGCAUUAUCAAAGAGAUACAUUCCGGAACUUGUCAAUUAUGUUUUAAAUGCUUUAUGCAUUCUCGCACCUACAGCACCAAAAACUAAGCUGGGCUCAUUCCCUGCGCGUGUUCCCUCAGAACCAAUGCGACUCGAAGGCACAGAUGUGUCCGCCGAAGUCAGGACUCCGUCAUUCUGGGACGUUCUAACCGGCUCGACGGUUGCAAAGGAUAGGGCGGAGGGUCUAAAGUUGUCUCUUGUCGAGACGUUCACGUCAAUACUUGAAACUGCUGCUGAGUUAUGGGCCACCAAAUCUGCUUUCUUUGAGGUCUUUGAGCCCGCCCGAGCGGUUCUCAAACAUUUGAUUAGGUCGUGUGCGGGAAAGGUGCCUACAGCCCUAUCUGAUCAUAUGCAACGUACUUGUCACAGCAUGAAUGCUCAGCUUGCAGAAGCUCGACGAGCCCGCCGCCCCCUACUACUCCAUAAUCAUAGACCGCUCGCAAUCAAGACAGCAAUACCCAAGUUUGAAGAAUCAUUUAACCCCGAUAGGCACUAUGAUCCCGACCGCGAGCGGGCUGAGCUCAACAAGCUCAAGGCGGAGCAUAAGCGCGAGCGCAAAGGCGCGAUGCGAGAACUCCGGAAAGAUGCUAACUUUAUUGCACGCGAGAGCCUACGGGAGAAACGUGAGAGGGAUGCUGAAUAUGAGCGGAAAUACCGUCGUCUCAUUGCUGAGAUUCAGAGCGAGGAGGGACGCGAAGCGAAUGCCUAUGAGCGGGAGAAGAAGUUGCGGAAAGGGAAGCGGUAAAAGGUCAUUUGUUCGCUCCGCUUUUAGGGAGUGUGCUGCGUGCAUCCAUGCAUGUCUUGGUGUCAUUAUUAGUUAUUUGGAAAUGUGUUGUAGUACCCUUGCAAUCGCUAUAUCGGAUUGCAUGGAGCGGGGUUGUC